AUGAAGGGGCUUGAAAUACCUGUCUUCUUCACAGAUGCUGGAGCUCCUCCUUCGCUGAUGUUCUUAAUAACAUGGGCCGUUAUUUCAGUGUUAUCAUUUCUUAUAUUUGCGGUGGCCCGACCCGCAUCUGGUGUUAUUCCAUUAUCGCGUCGUAACGGGAAAGUAACGUCGAUUGGAGCUCCCUGGUGGGUGCAACAACUUCAUUUGUGUGUGUUAACGUGGUUAUUGUUUGAUGUUGUGUACCGUGGAUAUUCAUAUGUGUUUCUCUCCUCCCCAGUCCUUUGGCGUCGACACAUGCUUCCGCUUCAUUUUGGUACAUUUGGAGUUUGGUUGAAUUCUAUUCGAUUUGCGGUUUUUUGUGGUAUGCAGAGUAGUAGUAGUAGUAGUAGUAGUAGUAGUAGUAGUAAGAAGACUAAGAAGGAGGAUCCAAUGUGUUUAGACUGGCAAUUGCCAUUUUCUGGAUUUGUUUCCAAUUCAACACGAAUGGCUGUACAAAAAGUCCCUAUGAGUGAAAUGGAGAGAAGUCGUUGUCAUUUGGUGACGUUUGCAACUGUAGGAACAAUGUUGUGUUUGGCUGUUUCUCUCUGCAGUGUACUUCUCCGCCUAUUUCCAUCGCGGUGUUCUUCUUCUUCUUUAGAUGCGGAGGAAGAGAAGAAAGAUCAAACGGUGGAGGAUCUCUCAGACUCUGCGGUGGAGGAAGAUCUCUGGUGGGAUAUGGGAGAGCCAGACGAUGCGUGUUUGUGCAGUGCAGAGGCCAUCGCAGAGGAGGAGUAUUGGAAGGAAUCCGAUACCACUAAAUCAACCAAUACAAAUUCAAUAAAUACAAAAACAUUAGAGAAGAACUCCGUAGAAUGUGAAGAGAAACAACAAAAACAACAUCAUUAUUAUCAUAAUAACAUGAAAGUUAUUUUACAGGAAUGUUGGCCUGUUCUGUGUUCCAUUUGCUAUGCAGGUCUCUAUGCAUACAAUGGCGGUCUUCCACUGUUGAUGCGCUGGGUGUAUCCCAUCUGCACAGUACUCACAUCCAUCUGUACUAUAAUGGCUUAA